AUCUUCACUGUAAAUAUUCUUAAAUGCAAUAUUGAAAAUAAAUACUGUGAUGUUUUUUUGCUUGAUGCCUUUAUUAAAAUAUAAAUAUAUUAUUACAUAAUUCAUGUGAAAAUUAUUUCUUGUGAAUUUUUUAAAAUUUUAAAUAUUGGAAUUUCAUAAACAAGGAGAGACAAAAUCAUUGUGAAUGAUAAUACCAAAAAAUAAAUCAAGAGUUUUCAUAAAAAUAAUAAUUAAUUAGAAUGAAAAAAUUACAUGAAAUAUUGAGUCUUCGAUGGAUCCUGUUACUGUUGAGUUUAACGCAACUGGUUCACAGUCAAAAGCAAAAACGACAGAUAUUUCGUGAACAAGUGUUACCAGCUCUUGGAGGUAAAAUACCUGAAGAAGCAUUUAGAACAGACAGGUUGGCUUUAAAUCGUCUCAAUAAAGAAGGCAUUACUAUUGUUGAUGGUGUCAUACUUGAAGCACGUAAUGUGGAAAAACAUCCAACCGACAUACGUUCAAUGCCUGAAUUAAUCAAGGUUUAUGCAACUUCAGAUGAAAGAUAUGUACCACCAGAAGGACGAUAUGAUCAACGAAAAACAGUUGACACGACUUAUGUUAUAAGAAUGCCAAUUGAUAAUAAUGAAAAUAAUAAAAAACAAAUUGUUAAUAAUUAUCAAAAGCCAAUAUCAUAUGAAAUACAACAACCAAAAGCUCAUACUUUUGUUAAUUUUUAUCCUAUUGAUCCAAGUGUUAAGCCAAAAAUUUAUAAACCAAUUUUCAGUCCAUUGACAUUACCAGCAAGUGAAAUAUUAGUUGGAAAACCUUAUUAUCAAUCAUCGUGGACUGUACCAUAUGAUUGGGAAAAUAGCCACACAUUAUUGGAUAAUUUUUAUUACAAAAAUAACAAUGAUUUCAACACACAUCAGAUCAUUGGAAAUUACGAUGAAUUUUUAUAUAAUUUUCAUGAUCGUUUAUCGAGGCAUAUAACUAGUGAUGAUAAUCACAAUAUUGAUAAAAAAAAUAAUUUAAAAAACUCAUAUGAAAGAUUAGAAUCAACUGAACCAACUAAAAUUCCAUUAACGAAAUUUUCAUGUGAAGGAAAAACUGGAACGUUUGCUGAUGUCGAAACAAAAUGCACGGUUUUUCAUGAAUGUUCGGGUUGGUCAAAGACAUCGUCAUUAUGUCCAGUUGGUACAGCGUACAGUGAAAUUACAAAAAGAUGUGACUGGUCAAAUACAGUUAGCUGCAAUUUGCUUGAACAACUCCAGCUGGACCAGUUUAACGUCAAACACUGUGCAGUCAUGGCUAAUAAGAGUUUUAAUAAAAAUAUUUGUUUAAUCACAAUUAUCAUCGUGGGAUUCACCAUCGUAAUUGGACAGAAUCAUCAAAAUUUUAGAAUUAAUAUUCAAGAUGCAGCUUAUGUUGAUUAUGAUGAACAGAAUUAUCAGCCAAUAGUUGCACAAAAGAAGCCAAUAUUAAUAAGUAAAAAACCAAAUAAAAAUGAACAAGAUUUUAGUAAAAUACCGGGUAUACCAGGUAUCGAUUUUCCACUAUAUCAUCAAGUACCACAAACGACUUUUUCAUGUUCAAAAGUACCAUUUGUACCCGGUAUGUAUGCCAACGUCGAGACAGGCUGUCAGGCUUAUCACACGUGUCAUGAUGGAAGAGAGGGUGAACAAGGUGCAAGUUUUCUUUGCAGUAAUGGUACUCUAUUCAAUCAAAAAAUAUUUUCAUGUGACUGGUGGUACAAUGUCAAUUGUGCUGAUGCACCACGUCUAUACAGUUUAAAUGGCGAUCUUGAAACGAAUCCAUUUGUUCCAAAUGACAGAAAAGAGGCAAUACGUCGUCAACGUUUAUUAAAUUCACAAUUAAAAAAAUAAUUUUUCUAUUAUCACCAAAAUAUUAUGAACCCAAAUAUAUAUGUUGUUUUCUUUUAA